AUGGAAGAUUUAUUUGACAAAACUUCUGAAAGACUCCAAGCUGAAAUAAUUCAUGAAACCGAUACCCCUCAUACACGGGAUCUCAAGGUCUUACGAGCCAAGCGCUUAGCUUACUAUGGAAGGACAAAGACUGUCUGUAGUAGUACUGGCAAUACACCAAGUUCAAAAUCUUCUGGUGCAGAAGGUUUGCACUCUGUUGUGAACAUUAAAGAAAAAGAUCAGACUUCCCCAUCAAAUAGCCCUCAGCAACUUAAUGAUGCAACAAAUGGAAAGAAACUUCUAAUUCAGAAAUCCUCUGGAAUAUGUCAAGAAGAACAACAAGCAACUAUCACAGAGCCAGAAAUGCAGAGAAAAUGUAUGGGUCAGAACUGCAUUUUAGAAUUGGAUCACAGACUGCUGGAGGAUGUGUCUGUGCCAGAGACACAAAAACUCAAACAUGUUGUGAGCUGGGCACAACUGUUCCUUAGUAACACUCAUGAAGAGGAUAAUGCACUGAAAAAUUCACGGUCAUCCCAGGGACUUAUCUUUUCUCAUGGCAAAGAAAUUGAAAUAGUGCCAGAUAGCAAGAGGAAAGAAACUAGUAGCUCCGAUAGUUUUUUCUUUGAGCUGGGAGAUGGUAUUGACUUCAGUGCCCAUGGUAAUACUUGCAAAAGCUCUAGCCUUCAUGCAGUUUCAGAGCACGUAGAUAACUUGGAAGGAGCAGAAGAAUGCACGUCUCCUGAUUUAUUAAGAGAAAGCACAUUAUCCACUGAAAACAAAUGUUACUCUAACAUUUGUAUUAGCAGGGAAAUAGAGACAAUAACCAUGGAUAUGAGGGCAAGAAGAGAUCCUGCGAUCUCCCAGUCUGGCCAACUUGCAGUUGCAUACCAAACCCACAACAGCAAAGACAAAUAUUUUCAAAAUAAUAGCAAGACAGCUAUGUCAUCAGAGAUACUUUGUAUCCAGCCACAUCCUUUUGACAGUUGUUCAAGUAAAACUGUAAAUGUUCUUCAUGAAAAUACUGCCACUUGCUUUUGGCUGCCUCUAAGUGAUAGUUCAGAUGAGGAAUGUACAGACAGAAUUGUGAAGACAAGGGAACCAAGUAAGUGUUAUGCUGAGAUCGAGGGACACAAAAACCCUACAUGCAGUAUUCUUCCACCCAAAGGAGAAAAAAUUAAACAUUUGGGUUCGGAUGUGCUGGAAGGCAGUAAUACCUUCCUGAGGAGGAAGAAUGACAGCAGUGGAAAAUGGACUAAAGGAGAAAAGUGUGUGUUAAAGAAUCAAGAAAGGGAUAACCAGAAGGAUUUCAUCUUGGUUUUAAAGGCUGAAAACUUCAAAGAAAGCAAGGUUAUUACAGAUCAUUUCCAGGAACAGGCUGGAAAGAGUUGCAACCUCUCCUCUACUGAGUCUCAGAAAAGAAAAGAUGACCUUGAAGAGCUCAUGUUAAAUUUUACAUUUUUAAAGAGAGAGAGGGAUCAGAGAGAUCAGCCAACAUCCGAGCAUGAAGAAGGGGGUGACAGGACUUUUGAGGUGAGAAAACAUGUUGGAGAAGAACAAACAAACAGUAUUUUCAGUGGAGCAAGUUCUGUAAAGAAUACAGAUAUGGCCUGCAAGAGAGAACAAACAAAAAUAGAGCUAAAACUCUCUAGGAAGGAUCAGGCCAUGCAAAAUAGUAAUCAUUUUCUGAAUUUAUUAGCCAAUUCUCCUGAAACCCCUCCAUAUUUUAAAGUUUGCCCUGAUUGUGCAAGCCUCAAUUAUCCACAUGUAAACUGUUGCAACAGAUGUGACUGUGCUUUGUUAACUGGACUAAUACAGUCCAGGGAAGACAAUAUGGAACCUAAAUGCAAGAUGACCCGUGGUAAUGUGAUGAAUGAACAGAACAGGUGUUUUUUCAAUCCAGUCAUCAAAUCUGAACAAGUCUUGGAAAGCAGCUCAGAAGUAUCCCCCAAAACAAGCAAAAAUAGUGAUGAUGGCAAAGAGUUCUGCUGGGAGGAUGAACCACUAUUAAAUUCAGACUGUGAUAUAGGUGUUUUGGAUAAAUAUUAUUUUUAUUUGAAUUAUCUGAAUAAGACUAGAAGUCUUCAUCCCAGAGAGGGACAGGAGUCUUUUCCUUUCCAAGAAUUGAAUGGCUUUUCUAAAGAACAAAGGUUUGCCAAAUGUCUCAAGAGUAAGGUGGUUGAACAAAAGGAGACGGAAGAAACUAACAGUGAUUGUAGAGAUUUUGAACUAAACUGUGUUAGUUCAGACUGUAAGUAUUCUGAACUAAACAGAAACGCUGAUGCUAUAGAGCAAGAGAAAAGCCAAGUUGAAGAGCUAAAAAUGCUUGAAAGAGAAUCUGCUUCAGAAAGUGACUCUCCCAGUACAAUAAAGGAGAAGAAAAACAGCCAAGUAUUAAUAGAUAAGAAACUCUCAGAAACCAAAAGCAUUAGAAUGGAAGUAACUGGUUCUAAGAGGCAUUGGGAGAAAUCCAGCAUUGCAUGGUCUUCAUAUUCACAUGGAGAACUGAAAUCAAGUUCACAUUGUAUACAAAGACCCGUUUCAGCUGGUGUGGGCAAGAAGAGGGUCAGUGAUUUGUCUCAGAGUAUUCAACUUUCAGAAGGCUUUAUCAGAUACCGACAGACAAAGACACAUCCUUCCCCACAGCCUGAAAAAUCACAGCACAAACCAUCUAAUCAAGCCACAACAGUAACUUUUGUAAAGACUAUUAAUGCAUGGACAAACUACAAAAAACCUUGUAAGAGUACACUUCAAGAUUCUGAGGGAGCUUUGCAUUGGGAUACAGACAGUGACAGCAACCUCUCAAUGUGGCAGCUUCUUCCUGAUGAACUGUGGCUGUGCAUCUUCUCAUUUUUGUCCCAGAAAGAGCUUUCUCAGGUUGCCCAGGUCUGCCACCGUUUCCACUGCCUUGCCAGGGAUGAGUCCUUCUGGGGGCAGAUUCAUAUUGUAGACUGCCAUUGUUUAAAUGAUGAGUGGCUGAUCAGACUUGGGCUCCAUCAUCCACAGUGUUUUUCUCUGUACCAUUGCCAUGAUGAAACCUGGAGGAUUACUGAGGAGGGGUUAAAGCAGUUCUUUCAGCACUGCAAAGAGUCUCUUAAGGAAUUGAAUACAACAAGCUGCAGUGGUCCUACACUGAGAGGAGACAUAAUUUUAUACCAUGCAAGCACCUUUUGCAACAAGCUGACCUCUGUGGAUAUAAGCUGGACAGGAGCCACUGAUUUAGGAAUCAUUGCUCUGGCAGAAGCUUCUGUAAGCCUCCAGAGCCUUUCUGCAAAUGGAUGCCAAAUUACAGAUGAUGCUGUAAAUGCCUUGAUUGAAAAACAUGGGAAAAGACUCAGUAAAAUAGAAGUCUUUGGUUGCCAUGCUCUAACUGCGAAAAGCCUGAGUUCCAUAGCUGAAGAGUGUCCAAAUCUGCAGACACUGAACAUUGGCAGAGUCCCAGAGGUUACUCAUGUCUGUCUCUCAAACAUAGUGAAGCACCUGAAAAAGUUAUCUGCACUCAACGUAACUGGGCUCAGUGUGGUGAGAGAUCACGUUGUCCACUUUAUUGUGACACAGUGUCCUAAAUUGGAGUCUCUGAUUCUCAGCUCCUGCUCACAAGUGACAGAUCUAAGCCUAGUGGAAAUUAGCACCUACCUGCAAACAAUCAGAUAUCUUGAUGUUAGCAGCUGUAAAAAGGUGACAGAUAUAGGAGUUCAGGCUUUGGCAGGGAGCUGCCACCAGCUUUAUUAUCUUGAUCUGAGUUCAACAGGAACAAGCAAGAGAGGGGUAUGCUUGUUGGCCAGCUUCUGCCAUAGCAGUCUGGAAUGUGUGAAGCUCAAUUUUUGCAAGAACAUCACUCUGGAUGCUGUUAAAAAGCUUUGUAAAAAGUGUAAGAGGCUAAAGAUGCUUCAUCUUUAUGGUUGCUGUUUCAGCCGUGAUUGGGAAUCCAUUAAAGAAAUCAGUAAAACAAUAAAAGUGUUUCAUGAUCUCUCUGCUCCAGCAAUUAACAUUUUAGUUGAAUGAGGAACUACGCCUAUCACUAUGGACAUUUCUGGCUUGUAAAUAUGACAC